AUGGCCACCAAUACGGAAAUACUACCCUUCCAUCAUCAGACUACAUUAUCUCUGCAGACUGCCGCCGCUUUGACCAACUACCACGGGGGCGGCGGUGGCGGAGGCUCAAAUGGUCUCCCUACGGCCACACAGUUGGCUGCAGCAGCUUGGAGCAUGGACGAUCACCUCUAUCAACAGACUGAAUUGCCCGGCCUCACACGAACAGCUCAUCAUCUGCUGCGUUUCACGCCGUAUGCUUUGCAUCAUCGCCCCCAGCUGCAAACAUUACCACCCGCGUUGUACCUCCAACAUGCGGCGGCAGCAGCAGCAGCGGCUGCAGCACAUGCGCAGCAUCAUCAUCACCACCACAUGCAACAGAGACCAGCCUCCCCAGAAAGUCCAGCUCCCGCUGAGGGCCUGCAAAUCACGAAUCUCUUUCCCGAAAUACUAGAAAUGAUAUUCGACAAAUUGUCGGUGAAGGAUUUGGGAAGAGCCGCGCAAGUGUGCACAACAUGGCGAGAUGUUGCCUACUCCAAAAGUAUAUGGAAGGGAGUUGAAGCCAAGCUGCAUUUGAAACGAUCAAGUCCUAGUCUUUUCAACUGUCUGGUCAAACGUGGUAUUAAGAAAGUUCAGAUAUUAUCGUUGCGGCGAUCGUUAAAAGAUCUGGUCAUGGGAGUUCCGGCACUAACCUCUCUCAAUCUCAGUGGUUGUUUCAACGUCGCCGAUGUUAAUCUGGGCCAUGCAUUUUCUGUGGAUCUCCCAAAUCUAAAGGUUCUGGACCUGUCGCUGUGCAAGCAAAUCACUGACACAAGUUUGGGCCGCAUUGCCCAACACCUGAAGAACCUUGAAACCCUGGAACUUGGCGGUUGUUGCAAUAUCACCAAUACUGGUCUACUGCUGAUUGCGUGGGGUCUAAAAAAACUAAAGCAUCUUAAUUUACGUUCCUGCUGGCACAUAAGUGACCAAGGUAUAGGCCAUCUUGCAGGUCUAAACAAGUCCACGGCAGAAGGCAACCUUGAGUUGGAGUACUUGGGUCUGCAAGACUGCCAGAGGCUUAGCGAUGAAGCAUUGGGUCAUAUAGCACAAGGUCUAACGUCACUAAAAUCCAUCAACUUAAGCUUCUGCGUCUCCAUAACCGACAGUGGACUUAAACACUUGGCGCGAAUGCCCAAACUGGAGCAGCUGAAUCUACGUUCCUGCGACAACAUUUCCGACAUCGGAAUGGCGUACCUUACAGAGGGAGGCAGUGGAAUUACUUCUCUCGACGUAAGUUUCUGCGACAAAAUCAGCGAUCAAGCCCUAACGCACAUCGCACAAGGCCUCUACCGACUCCGUUCCCUGUCGCUCAAUCAAUGCCAAAUAACAGACCAGGGGAUGCUCAAAAUUGCCAAAGCGCUAAACGAUCUCGAACACCUCAACAUUGGUCAAUGCUCGCGAAUCACUGACAAGGGUCUACAAACUUUGGCGGAGGAACUGACAAACCUAAAGACGAUCGACUUAUACGGCUGCACGCAACUAUCGUCCAAGGGAAUCGACGUCAUAAUGAAGCUACCCAAAUUAGUCAAGCUAAAUCUCGGACUAUGGCUUGUGAGAUGAUGUGCUUCGACCC